AUGGACGACGGCUCAUCAGCAGAUAACACAAUAUACAAUAAUAUACGUAGUACGACUACGUAUAACAUUGUACACGACACGAAACGACAAUCGACACAUUCAUUGUUUGAACCUCAAUCCAUAGCAAGUUCUUUUAUAUCAACCGCGGGCGGGUCACUGUCUAGUCCGCUAGCCAGUCCACAAUCUCGUCGACAAUCACGAUCACUGGGUCGACUCUCUGCAGCCGAAUCAUCGUCUUCCGAAGCAUCAUCCUUAUUUUCACCAUUCUCCUUCAUCUAUCCAUCAAUAUUGACCAUACCACCCUCUCCACCUCUGUACCCAUACUCGACGCAAUCGCCUCCGUCUCCCGACUCACUGCCAUCACAUCUGUCACCUCCAAUACCAUCCAUUCCACCAGCGCUUCUCGCAUCAUAUCCGACGCAACAACGUCUAAUGAACGUAUAUCCCGAGGUUCUUGCAGCCCAUGGCGAAUUACGUGGAGUUCCCAUCGUCGCAAGAAACAAUUAUGCAGAGCGUACGGUGGCUAGCUCUACGUUUGUCGUAGACGGGCAAGAGAAUAAGGCAUGCGAUGUGAUUAUCGACAGUACAUAUGGGAAUUUGGACAUUGUUGAGGGAAUCGAUAAAGACAGUGAGAGUGAUAAAGUUGAUCACAGUGGUGGAGAUAUGGAAAAUCAGCAGAGCGAAGAGGAUAACAUAAGAAAAAGUAUGGAAAAGGGGAUUAGCGCUUUCAAAGAACAAGAGAGUAUGAGUGAAAUACAUGUGAUAGAGAAGUUGAGGAGUGGUCAAAUAAGUAAAACAGAUAAACGAAGCAGUAUUCAGGGUAACAAACCGAGGGAUAGAACAGUAUAUUCGAGCAGGCCUACGUCAAUUAACGAUAACAUUAGAAGUAAACCUACGAGCGUUGACCCGGAAAAGGUUUCCCAAUCGAUCCACGAGAAGCACCUUUUCAGUAGCAUGUUCCAACGAAGAGAUGACAUAAUCGUGAAUACAAAAGACAUAAAAACCAUCAGAGAGAGUUGGGAGAUUGUAAGUAAGACGGAGAGAGAAGGCGUUUUUACGAAACGAAAGCCGACCGAAGGUGAUCGCAUACCAGGUAAACUUUCUGGUUGGUCUCAGCCAUGGUUGGACGAGUCCGGCAAACCAACGUCAAAGCUUUGGAGUGUUGCUUUUAUAACACUCAUUCUUGUCGUGAUGGUUCUGCUUACUGUUGGUGUUGCGGUCGGAUUCGGUAACUAG